AGGAGGAGUGCAGGAGUCAGCGCCUCGUCCGCAACAGCAGCAGCAGCAGCAGCAGGAGCACUAACGGCUGACACGGGCACAGAGGAUGUGAGGGCUGCUGGGACUCCAAGGGGACGGAGGGAUGGAGACAGACAAGAGGGGCUGAGAUGGAGGUGAAGAUAUGUGCUGACAUGAGAGAGACCGAGAGGUGAUUUUCACCUGCGGAGAAGGAAGACGAGGACAAAGAGCUGCAGGCAGCUCUGUGUGAGUGAGGGAGAUUCCCCCACCGCAUCUCAGACCCUUCGUAAAGAUGAUCGCUUUCUACUCGCUGCUCGUCUACAUCUUCUAUUCUGUCUUCAAGAAGGAGGAGGAGGAUGAGGAGGCGCUGGAGGGGGCAUGUGGAUACUCCCCAAAGUAUGGACCUGACCAUGUUUCCAUGGAAACAGGGAGCAGGAGGAGAGGAGGCCACACCCCCAGAAUGGGGAAAAGGGGUUGGUCCAGACUGAAUGAGUCCAGCAGUAGCAGUGACAGCGAUGGCCUCUCUCUCAGCGAGGAAGACGAUGUUCCUGUUGAAGAGCUGGCGAUGCCUGCCAAAACCCCUUUGGCUGCAUUCUUAUCAUUCAAGCAGGAGGCAGAGAAGAGAAAAACCUCCACCGUACAACUGGACGUGGGAGAAAAGGUGAGCGAGUCUCCUCUGGUGGCGGUGAUGUCCCACCUGCUCAGCUUCCUGGAGCAGUACUCACACUUGCAGCAGCUGCAGCAGCAGGCGGAGCAGUACCGACUGCAGCUGCGCAGGCACCGCGUUCAGCACCGCAGGCACAUGAAGGCCCUGCGCACACACUACCGCCAGCGCCUGCACGACAAGAACAGCAUCAUCAGCAGCCUGGAGGAGGUCAUCAGCCAGCAGCACACGCCCACUGGAGAAGGUGACGGUGUGGAGGCCUGCGGAGGGAAGGCUGGCCUGCACACACUGGUGGAGUCUCUGUGUGGGCUGCAGGGCGAGCGGAGCCAGCUGAGGGGGGAGCUGAGGCUGCUGCACACUCAGCUGGAGCAGAAGGAGCUCGACCGCCACACUAAAGUCCAGGCCUUCCAGCAGCAGAUUGAUGAGCUGAAGAGCUGCAUAGAGGAGCGGGAGGAGGAGCUGAAUCGCUUGAGAACUGCAUCUGGGGUGACGGACUCAGAGAAGCGCGUGCUGUGCCUGUCGGCGGAGAACGAGACUCUGAAGCACAGCCUGAGCGUCACACAGGGUCUCCUGCAGCAGCUGUCUGUCAUCCCCAGUCAGUCCAGCUCCGGGCUCAUGAAGGAGAACGAGAACCUGCGCAGCCGAGUCCUGCAGCUGGAGAGCACCCUGCAGCAGCGCGCUGAGCAGCUCUCGUGUCUGGAGCGACAGAGCGAGCAGUCCGAGUGGAGGAGGGGAGAGGACGUGAGGAGGCGCGACGACAGGCUGAAGGAGCUGCAGCUGGAGCUGGACAAGGAGCGCACCAAGGAGCCACUGGUCAAGUAUGUUACUCAGACUGUGGAGGUGGAGUCUCCGUCAGCUCUGAGGCUGCUGGCUGAAACCAGGCAGAAGAAUGAACGACUGACAAAGAAGCUGUCUAAUCAGAACGAACGGUGUAAGCAGCUGGAGGAGCACAUCAGACGCUCCGAUGAAGUCAGCUGCAAUUUGCAACAUAAGAUCGCAGCAUAUGAGCGGGAGAUUAACGCCCUCCGAGAGGAGCUCCUGAAGGUGAUUGGCCACCUGGAGGAGAGGAAGGAGGAGGCCGUUAAAGCUGCUGCCAACUGCUCUGAGGAGAAUCUGCAGAACCUGCAGGACCAGUUCAUCACCCUGCAGAGCCGUCUAAGUGCCCUUCCUCCUACUCUACGCUCCAUGAAGACAGACUAUGCCAGCCUGAGGACUCAGGUUCGCAACUUCUCUGAUUUCUAUGGAGCCGCCAUUAAAGAUGCCAAGAAACAGAUGACAACAGCCAUCAGUGAGAUUUCUGAGGCCAACAAAGACCUGCUGGAGAAGUACAGGAAGGAGGUUGCUCUGCGCAGGAAGUACCAUGAGCAGCUUGUGGAGCUGAAAGGAAACAUCCGUGUGUUGUGUCGUGUGAAGCCUGUUCUGAAGGAGGACCAGCGUGAGGAGGGCCAGGCUGUGGUGGUCACCACGGAUCCCCACAACGAGUCAGCCCUCACAGUGAUGAACAAGGGGAAAGGCCGCACCUUUGAGCUGGAUAAAGCGUUCCAUCCGCAGGCAACUCAAGAAGAGGUGUUUCAGGAGAUCGAGCCCCUUGUGACAUCCUGCAUUGAUGGAUAUCAUGUCUGUAUCUUUGCGUACGGUCAGACUGGAUCAGGAAAAACCUAUACGAUGGAGGGCAAUUCAGAGAACCCUGGUAUCAACCAGCGAGCUCUGAAACACCUUUUCAAUGAGAUCGAGGAGAGGAAGGACAUGUGGGAGUACACAGUCAGCGUCACCUCUGUGGAGAUCUACAAUGAAGUCCUCAGAGACCUGCUCUGUAAGGAUGGAGAGAAGCUGGACAUCAAGAUGAACCCUGAUGGGUCUGGUCAGCUGCAUGUCCCUGGCCUCAGGGUCAUUGAGGUCAAAAGCUUUCAGCACAUUAAGAAGAUUCUUGCCAUGGCCCGCCGCAAUCGGAUCACAUUUGGCACUCAGAUGAACCAGCACAGCUCGCGCUCUCAUGCUCUACUCAUGAUUACAGUGCAGGGGAUAGACCUGGCCACCGGCACUAAGACAACAGGCAAGCUGAACCUGGUGGAUCUGGCCGGGUCUGAGCGCGUGUGGAAGUCAGGAGCAGAGGGCGAGAGGCUGAAGGAGGCCCAGAACAUCAACCGCUCCCUGCUGUCCCUGGGAGACGUCAUCCAGGCCCUGAGGGGCCGCUCGACGCACAUUCCCUUCAGGAACUCCAAACUCACCUACCUGCUGCAGGACUCCCUUGGCAAGGGGAACAAGACUGCCAUGGUUGUGCAGGUCUCCUCUCUUGAGAGCAACGUUGGUGAGACUCUCUGCUCUCUAAAGUUUGCUCAGCGUGUUUGCAAGGUGGAACUGGGGCCUGCAGCCAGGAAGAUUGAGGCAGGUGACAAAAAUCAUGAGAACUACUGUUAAAAUCACUGUAACAUUCAGUGCAGAUGGACAAGCAUCAGUCAUCAAUGAGGGGGUCAAUAGCUGGGUUUCCAUCCAACUAAUUUACAUACUAGUUUAGCAUUUAUGACAAUUCAGCUAAAAGAAAUGCAAGUCUGUGCACAUCUCCAUCCUCGGUGUUGGACACUCUCCUGAUUAAGGGAGGAAGUGUGAACAGCGAAUCGAUUUCUUUUUCAUGGAGAUUUUAUGCGAAUUUCAAAUAUUUCCACUCAGGAUUUCCUAUUCGAAUAGUAAAGAUUUGCAUUAAUAGGUUGGAUGGAAACCCAGCUUCUUUUUCUGUCUCGUGUAAAGGGCUACGGUCCACAGCAUCUCCAUAGGGUUUCCUCAUAAGGCGCCAGACAGCAUGAGCCGUUCUGACAGACUUCAAGCCUCACCUCCUGCACUGUGUCUGAAAAUGGCUUCUCUCCCCACAAGCUGCUCUGCAUGUCAGUUCAGACUGCCAUAAUCUCAGACCCCCGGUGUGAUUCUCACUUGGCCAGUUUUUUUUCCAAAACCACAAUGAGCUGAUGGUAAGGAAAAUGACCAGGAACUGUCUAAAAAGCUAACUUAUGGAGGAGGAGAAGAGAGAGAGCGCACCGUGUCCUUUGGUUUCAUUACUCAGAGAUCAAACAAUGCAGCAUUUAAGAUCCGUUCUUGCUUUGUUUAUAUCUAGAUGCAACAUGCUAAGAUUGUCUUUGAAAUGCAUAUAUUUAUAGUAGUAACCACUAGGUAGGAAAAACGUAGUCUUGUCCAUCGAGUUUAUUGGUAACCAUUACGGUAGCCAUGUUAAAUCACUUCACUUUCUCAUGUUGUGUAACAACGCAAGAUAUGACAGACAGUCCUGAAUGUUUGUAAUUGUUAUGACUAAGGCUAGAAAAAGAGAUUUUGUGAAACUACUGAUCUCCGGCAAAACAUUGCAUUGAAUUUGAUACAAGGAGGUUCAUAAAUAUAGCUCAUGUAGAUUAAUAUACUAUUUUCUCUUUAUCAUUGGUAAUUCUUCCAGACAAUGCUUUAUGGCAUCAUGUGCAAUAGUACCAUAUUAGAAUGUUAAAUUCCAAUGCUAAGGAGGUUUAUAUGGGUGUAUUGUAGGGCCUGGCAGAGCACUUUAUGCCAAGUUAUGUGUUAAGGCUGUGUGAGCAUAUUUCUGCUGUUUUUGUCAUGAUUCUCAUUAUUGUUCUCUCAUUUGUGCCUGUUUAGAGCUGUAGAAAAAGCCAACAGUUGGAGUUAGAACUGACUUUUAGGCACUAUAGCAUCAACGUUUUAUCUGUAUAAUGCUUCUUCAUUAAUACAUGAUGUCUUCUGUUUCUUUUGUCUUAGAGCAGAUUGAGGAAGGUCUUGGUUUGUAAAUGGAUACCGGUAAAGGUUUAGGGGUCCCAAUAACAUUAUUUAUUGUUUUAUUUAUAGCUCAGAGAAUACUGUGUGAUGUCCACUCACAAAGUACGAGUUUGAAGUAAAUCCUGUUUUGUACGCCAACGGUAAAGUGCUUAUCAGUAUCAUGACUUUGGAACCUUUCAGAUAACCUGUACUAGUGGCUUAAGAGGAAAUAAACAAACCAAAUGGAUUCA